AUGUCAGCUCAGAGUGACGCAGACAAACUCGUCUACGUGAUGACCAUCCUCAAGAACACUGAGAUGGCGAAGCCCGACUACCACGCUGCUGCUGUCGAGGCUGGUAUCAACAAUGCGAACAACGCUCAGAAGAGGUUCCGCGCCAUCGUCAAAGGAGCUGGCUUCGACUUGGUAGACGGCCAGGUCGUCAGCGCCGACGGCAGUGGACCAGCUCCUACCGCGCCAGCAGCCACUGCGAAGAAAGGUCGUGCGAAGAAGGCGGAUGGUGCUGCACCCAAGAAGACAGCAGCUAAGAAGGCUCCGAACGGCACCGCUAGCAAGAAACGUAAGCUAGAUACGCCAGCUGUGGAUUCCGCCAGUGAAGGAGAGAAGGAAGACGAUGGCCCAGGAGAACAAGAUGCCAUUAACAAGGAGAACACCAGUGAUGGAACUGCUUAG